AUGGCGGAGGGGGGGAUGGGCGGAAAGAAGAGAAAGCAAAGGCGCCCCCAAGGCCUGGGAGUGGAGAACGAGAAGAAGGACAGUCGGAAGAAGAUGAGGAAGGAUGAGAGGAGAAGGAAAACCGGGCUGCGGCUCCCCUCCGCCCUGCGCAAGGAGCUUAGCAAGGUGGGUGGCGAUUCCCGAAACAGUGACGACGAAUCCGACGUGGAGCGGAAGGGGGACGUCUACGAGUACGAGGAGGGCAUUCCGGAGGAGGAGAAGGGGAGUAACCGGCGGUUCGACCCCGUAGAGGACGUCGAGUACGAGCUCCCCGACGAUUUCGAGGUUGGAUUUCUACUUUUCUUUGGAGAGCUAACGAAGAAGGUUGCUCAGUUUAUAAUUUUCAAAUUCUAGUUUGGUUCUCGGAAUUGUGCUUGUAGGAUGAGGACUUGCCUUCUGACGAUGAACCUGGCAGCGAUGAGGAAGGUGGGUCUGGAAGAUCUGAUGAUGGUGAAAAGGACGAGGACGCACACUUGAGGAUGCUCCAAGGAAUCACCGGCAUGCCUGGCCACGCUUUCCGAGGUAAUAUCGUAUUUUCCAUGUGCAACUAGACGAAAGGAAGGUAUCUCUGACCCCAAGUGCGAUUUUUGAUCUCUCAGGCAACAAGAGGAAGGAACCCGUGUUCUCUGACGGACAUGGCGCAAAUGGCGGGGAUGCGCAGAUAAGCAUUCAGGAUUUAUUGGAUCCUCUCCAUGGGAAGCCCGGGUACAGUAGUCUAAGGAAGAGGUUGCAGCAUAUAGAGAAGAAACCGAUGACAAUACAAGCUCCACUUCCAAGAGUGGAGAGGGAGAGGCUGGAAAGGAAGGUGGCCUAUGAGCACACAAAGAAGGAUAUGACUAAAUGGGAGCCACUGGUCAAGAGGAACAGGGAGGCCCCAACUAUUUAUUUUGAUGAAGAUGUUGACAUUGGUUACUCUACAGUCGGGGCAAUUGCCUCUGAGUUUCGACCGAGGACAGAUUUUGAGAAGAAAAUGGCUCAAUUGGUCCAAAAUCCAGAGAUUGUCGAAGCUCACCAGAAGGAUGGUGAUAAGUUGUUAACUUUAAACAAGGUGAUAUGGCGCAGAUGCAAACUAAUAGGAUUGUGGGUUUUAUUUAAUUUGCGUUCGUAAAUAAUAAUUUCCCUAGACAUCAUGAUGCAAUGCAUGUGCAUAUUUCGCAUGCUUUAGUUGUUUCCACAUGGUUAACGUUCUUAGCAUACGUGUCAUCAGUGCCAGAAAUCAUGAGUAAAGAAGGGAAUCGCUUGCACAGGGAUUUUUAUUUUUUUGAUUGUGCAUUGAUGUCUUAUGUUAGAGUGGAUGUUGUGAACCUUUUUCUUAUUUGGUUGGCUUUUACUCUUGCAUGUACCUGAAACACCUAUCACUUAUGUUAAGUAAUCUUGCCAUCCCUUUUAAGAGCCGUACAUUGCUUUUUUUGCUCACGCCUGGCAAGAAUUAAUGAAUAGGCUAUCUAAAACUUGAGGAAUCCUGGCACAUAUACUUUUUAAAUAUCAGAAAUCAUCUGAGGAAGUCAUUCCACGAGGAGUGAUGUCUAAAACAAAGCAAUAUAAAGAAUUGGCAAUGGCGAUUCCAACAUUUGAUAUUUUUAUUUCUGUAAGAUCCGCGGCUUUUACCUUUUUUUUGUUUUUGGUUGAGGUUUUAACAUUGUACAGUUUUAUAUCCUGUUUAGUGUGGGGAGGAGAGAUGAGUAUUCCUUUCAUUUGUGGACAAACAUGGCUACGUGGGUGAAGAAGUAUUUUGGGACAGUCCUAUAGUAUGUGCCUUUGCAAUUGCCUAAGUAGAAGGUCUUUCUUUGGUGAAGGUAGUUUCUGGAUCAUAUUUUCAGUAGAAGCAAAAAAUAUUAUCUGGCACAUUUGCAAAUCUUAGUUUCUUGUGCGUCGAGCAUUUCCAGUGACCUGCUUGUUGAGUAGAGUCACGAAUAUAAUAAACUGAAGCGAAAUUCCUUUUUGAUCUCGGCCCUUUUCUUCUCCUUCGUGCCUUUAAUGUGCUCCCAUAAAUGACGCCAAAAAGUUAUUAUAAUGUCGCCAGGCUCUUUGUUUUGUCAAAUAUCAUCGUGGUAUGUUUUUUAUUCUUCCUCACCACAUUCGCGCAUUAGUUUCUUACUUGUACUUAAUAGGGGGUUUCUGGACUUCUAAUUCGUUAGAGUCAUGCCCUAGUGCCUCAAGUACUCAUCAACAUAUUUAACUACCGUUCUAUAUUGUUUCCUGCACUUUUGUUUCCAGCAGUUUAUGCUUGAAGUUAUAGACUUCAGUUUUAUUGCAUACCUUCAUGAGCUUUUAUUUCCCGUAACCAUAAGCAAGAAUAUUCAAUAAUUGCAACCAUCCAACUUAUCUUUAUCAAAUUAUUUAUUUCUCUUUGCAUUUGAGAUCGAAUCCUUGGAAAUUCAUAUAUGCUUCUAUUUACGUGGUGUGCGUAAGUUAGCCUAUAUUUAUUUUAUAAUUUUAACUGAGAUGCUUAUUUCAUCUGAUAUAUAUAUUUUUUGAGCAGAUCUCGAUAGAAGAUAUGAAGAAUAUUCAAAAUUACCGAGCCAAAAUGAAGAGUCUUCUUUUCCGACAUGAAAUGAAAGCAAAGCGUAUUAAAAAAAUAAAGUCUAAGACAUAUCAUCGCAUGCUUAAGAAGGGUAAACUCAAGGAAGGUUCAGAUGAGGGUCUGACGAAUCCGGAUGUUAUCAAAGAGCAGGCAAUGAGGCGAGAGUUCAAGCGGGCUGAGGUGAGAGAAAUCAUAGUUUUUGGUCUAUUUGGAUUAUCCAUUUAUGAUGAUAUGCCUACUUGAUGUGAUGGUUUUUUGAUAAAGUUCAAAUGAAAAAGUGUGACACUUUGUCGUACAAUGCAGGAGCGAAUGACCUUAAAGCAUAAAAACAGUUCAAAAUGGGCCAAGAGAAUAUUGAAGCGAGGACUAAAUGCUCAAGAUGAAGGCACUAAAGCUGCAUUAACCGAACAACUUCAUCAGCAUUCACUUUUGACCCGGAAAAUGGAUUCUGUGAAGGACGGCAGUAGUAGUGAGGACAGCAGUGAUGACGAUGAUGAUGAUCUGUCAGAUGACUCUUUAACUGGAGGGGCUUCCAAACUUCUUACAAGAGCAAAAGAAAAGACUAUGAAAGUUAUGGAGGAGGAAGAUGAGACCUCCAAAUCAGGGCUUCUCUCAUUGCCGUUCAUGGUAAACCUUUAGUUUUUUUUUCUUAUUUCAUUUCACUAUUUUAUAUUAUCCACUCUGAUUAUCUUUUAGCACCUUAACAAUCUGAAGUGUCAGUGGUCCAUGCAAUGCCCCUGUUUCAUAUAUGAUGGCCAAUGCGAGAUCACAAGAUAUAUAACAUUAGCAUAUUAUCAUAUGGUGAUGUAUAUUCUUCCUAAUACUGACGCAGACUGUAAACAAAAUACUAUUUAUUAUCAUAUGACGCUAGAAAAUGGCAAAUGAUUAGGGAGGCAAAUUCGCUUUUUAGCAUUCUUCUAAUUAUUUGCUUUCCACUGGUUGGCGAAAAGAGUUUGAGACCUUUCUUCAAUGGAGAAAACAGAAGAAGGGCUGUGAGAUGGUUGAUGUGACAUCAGCGUAAAGUUUGGAACCUUAUCCAUCCAGGCAUUGAGGCUACUAUUAUAAGCGUGGCCUAUCUAGGUGUGGGUGCCUCAGACGAGAAAUGUCUGUAGCCAAUAGAAGAUCACAUCAGAUGCCAACAUAAUUAGUACAGUAAAUUACAGAAUAGGCUGGAGAAGAAGAGACAUGAUCGUAGAGGGUCAUUAGAAUUUGCCAAUAUUGAUUAAGGUGCUUCGUGUUGCGAGGUCGGGGCUGAUAAGUUUCAUUUUUUUCUACCCUUGGGAUACUGCAGCACGAGAUUAUUUAACUUGCUGCAGGUUUACCUCCUCAAAACUCCCACCAUUAAGCAGUUAGCCUCCAGUGGAGUGUGUUUUUCAUCAGUGUGUUAGAUCAUCCUAUUUUCUAUGUCAGUCUUUUGUGGCAGAAGACUCCUGUAAAAAACACUUUUCCCUUAAGACACAAGUUCUCAUGAUGAUCUCUGACAGGUUAGAAGAAAAGAUCUGAUGGGCUAGGCCCACAAUCUAAAUGUUCUAGUGAGAGUGAGUCUGACCUGAUGUUUUCAUCCAUCAUGUCCUUUGUAGGUUCAGUUAUAGUCGGGUUGGGAUGGGUGAGGAAUUAGUCUUAUCCACGCCAUUUUUUCUCUUCUCUAAUUGAAAGGUCUUAUCAAGCAGAUGUUUCAGACACUGAAGUUAUUCCCAGUUAUCUUAUCUCUCCUCAGAGGACGCAUCCACCUUGGCUUCAUUUUCUUUCCUUGAACAUCUGUACUUAGAUCUGAGAUACUCUGUUAGCCGCCAAACUUAAAUGAAGUCGGAGAUCAUCUUUCCUUUCCCCUCAUAUGCCAUGUCUCCUCAUGCCACGUCUGAUCACAUGCUAUUGUGCGCCUCCUUAUGUGAGUCGCCUCAUGACAUGCAUGGUCGGUUUGUGGUUUGACUUUUGUGGUGGGCCCCACUGUUCUGGAUCCGAAUUUUAUGGAGCUUUGGACCGUAUCAUCGGUGAUCAUUCAACAUCACCAUGCUGGGACCAUCAUUCAGCCUGCACGCUGUUUAAUUGGUACAUGGGUGACCACCUCAUUCCCAGAUUGCUACCUAGCCUACUCAAGGAUUGUGUGAACUGUUGAUGAGCUUUUAACGUCCAAUUGAUACAAUAUGCUAAUGACAAGUAUUCUGGAAUCGCACUUAGUUCUAACUCUUUAGUUCUCCAAAUCCGUUCCCUUGAUAACUAUGAUCGAUCAAACUUUUGAAAAGUGCCCUUCCUUGAAUUGCUUAUGCACAGAUUCGAGGCCUGAAAAAGAAAAACGAAGCACUUCUCGAAGAAGGGAGAGCUGCUCUUCAGGAGUAUGAUUCAUCAUUGAAGGGCCUCAACAACGACAACAGGAAGGACGCUGCACAACCAGGCGCAUCAAGUGGCAGAAGAGUUUUCGGAGCAUCCAGAAAAGAGCCCCAGGAAAACAUCGACGAAGUUGAGACAGACGCCAUUGGAGAUGGCAGUGAUAGUGAAGCUGAAAGGCGUUCUCUAUCAAGUCGUGCGAUGAGAAAUUCAGCCCAACGGCCUCAGAGGCCUUCUGGAGAAGUAAAAACGAGCCAUGAAGGUGGAUUUAAGGUGAGUAUAUUCCGAACUUUUUUAGAUCACUUGCUCAGAGGAGAUACUUAUUUCUUUAUGCACCGUCAGAUUUAUUUUUAUUUUUUUCAUUUUUACCUUGUUGAAUCACAGAAUAUCGAUGAAAUUACCAAAGAAACAGGCUCCAAGAUUACAUAUGAUGUAUCGAUUUUUGAUAUCGACUACUUUGGAAAGGUAUUAUUACUUCCUGUGACCCAAUCUUUUUUCAUCGUCGCUCUUUUACUUUUCCUUUAAUUUUUUAUUUUUUUUUCGGUUGAUGAAGAGUGACAACGUGGUGGACGUUGCCGUCAACAACGCUGUGACAGCUCCAGACCAUUCUUCAUCUCAUCUGGACACCAAGGUAGGGCAGACUUCUCCGGUAGAACUUGGACUGUUCAUCUUUCAUCUGGCUCGUUGACUAGUUUUUCUCUUCCGAAAGGCUGCCUUCCAAGAUAGUGACAUGGACUCGGAGGAAGAGAUGGUGGAUGGAUUUCUCUCUGGUGGGGCCAGAACAAGAAACGAGCGUUCAUCUGAGGGCUGUGCCUUUGAUCUUAAAGACGUGGAAGGAGAAUUUGAGAGGGAAAAGCUGGAAGUACUCACCCAGGAGGUUCCAGAGCCUGAGAAGCCCGUUUUGCUCCCUGGUUGGGGUGAGUGGACUCGGACACAGAAGAAGAGAGGCUUGCCAAAAUGGAUGCUGAAUGAGCAUGAUGAGGCCAAAAGAAAGAGGGAAGAAGCCCUCAAGAAGAGGAAGGACGCUCAUCUCAAGCAUGUCAUUAUUUCGGAGAAGAUGGAUAAGAAGGUUAGUUUCUAAAUAUGUGCAUUCAGUGCUUUGGGAAAUCAUAUGCUCUCUCUCUCUCUCUCUCUCUCUCUCUCUCUCUCUCUCUCUCAUUCAUGUGGCCAAGUUGAGCUUUUGCCCGGGGAGUGGAAGUCAUUGCUUGUCAUUUCUUCAGCUUGCGAGUUUUGUUCGCUAAUGAUGGAUCAUUCUGGUUUUUGUUUGCAGGCUGAGAAGCUACAUACGAGGGCAUUACCCUUUCCGUUUACAUCCAAGGAGGUUUUCGAGCAGAGCAUCAGAAUGCCCAUCGGACCAGAAUACAACCCAGCAGUCUCUCAUAAUGCGCUCAAUCGCCCAGCCGUGAGUAUCAUCCUCUUCCCUUAGUUACUUGUUCUGACGUGCAAACAAUUUUAAAUUAAUAGAUUUGGGCAGUAGGUUGACUUUGCGGAUGACAGAAGCGGUCGGAGAAAACCAUACUAUUUUUGGCAAAAAAAAGCACCCAAUUCAGAUGCUGUUAAAAAAUUCUUCUCAUCAUGAUGCAUUCCUGGCUUCAAAGAUUUUUCCAAGAUACAAGGAGAAAUCAUCUAGACCGAUUGCUAGAUUUUGUUCUUCUACCGCUAACCAUACAAUCUUUUUUUUGAGUAAAACCACCAACUUUUCUUAGGAAUUUGAGCUCGAAGCUGAAAGUCAAACAGAAGGGGGAAUUAAUGGAUGACUCCACUUUGCAUUUCCUGUGCUGACCUUAGAUUCUCGUUUGUUCAGGUGGUCAAGAAACCGGGCAUCAUCAUAAAGCCCAUUCAGUUUGAGGAGGUGAGCGCUCACGAAAAGUCAACGGAGCCCAACCGGCCGAGUCAAACCAAGUCGAAGAGAGGCAAGGCUCCCGGAAAACAGGCGAAAGCCCCUUCCAAAGGGAAGAAAUCUUAG